AUGGCUGCCACUCAACCGUCCGUCGAGUAUCUGUCUACGGGAGCUAAUAGGCAGACAGCCGCUGCUGACUGGAGCCCCUGCGGACUACUCGCAUUCGGUGCCGAUACCAAUAUUGCCUUGUGGGCACCUUCUUCUGAAAAUGCAGAGGGCAUCACAAGCCUUCUGAGCGGCCACAAAGAGGUCGUCAAGGCAGUUAAGUUCCUUCCCCAAGUGGACGGCGAGGAACGCAAACUUCUCAUCAGUGGUUCAGAUGACCAAACGCUCAAAAUCUGGUCUCUUGAUCCCAAGACGAACCAGGGAGAAUGUAUCCAGACCAUUCAGGAGCAUACGGCUCCUAUAAAUACCAUAGCAAUUCUCCAGUCAAGAAGCGCCCCUAAAAAGGUCCUCCUGGCUUCAGGCGCUGCUGAUGCGACCAUCAAGAUCUGGCAGUUCACCUCUGGCCAACUGCAGCUUCGCCAAACCAUCAAGACGGCCCCAAGAUACUUCCCCCUUUGCUUGGCACUGACGGCCCUCGAUGAGGCCGAAGACGUUUUUGUUCUGGCCGCGGCAGGAACCAAGACCUUCAUUCAGAUUUUCGUUUCUGCUGAUGGCGAGGAGACGCUGGAUUUCAAGCUGCAGGCAACACUAUCAGGUCACGAGGGUUGGCUUCGGUCCUUAGACUUUAGCUGGGAGACUUCCGAGCCAGGAAGCGACCUUCUAUUGGCAUCUGCAAGCCAGGAUAAGUACGUCAGACUCUGGCGCCUUCAUCAGGGCAAGGAGCUGCCAUCCCUCGCAGCAGAAGGCUCAGACCCAUCCAGCGGCGCGUACCUCCCGGGCAGGUCUCCGUCCAACAAGGCACACCGUCUCCAGUCUGGGGGCAAGGACUUCUCCAUCACCUUUGAAGCCCUCCUCCUGGGUCACGAGGACUGGAUUUACAGCGCGAGAUGGCUCACUCGGAACGGCAAGCUUCAGCUCCUCUCUGUAUCCGCAGAUAACUCCCUUGCCAUGUGGGAGGCAGACGCCACCUCUGGCAUCUGGGUUAGCAUGGUUAGACUCGGUGAGAUCAGCAGAGAAAAAGGUGCGACGACAGCAACGGGAAGCAUCGGCGGCUUCUGGACAGGUCUAUGGGCACCCGACGGCAAGUCCGUUGUCUGUCUCGGCCGCACGGGAAGCUGGCGGCGAUGGGUCUACAACGAGGAGCGUGACGAAUGGCAGCCCGCCAUCGCCAUCUCCGGCCACACCAAGACCAUCACGGGCAUCGCCUGGUCGCGGGAUGGAGACUACCUCAUGUCGACGAGCUCAGACCAGACGACUCGCCUUCACGCGCGCUGGAAGCGAGACGCCGGCCGCUCGUGGCAUGAGAUGUCGCGUCCGCAGAUUCACGGCUACGAUCUCAACUGCAUCGAUACCCUUGGCGGCUCCCAGUUUGUCUCCGGAGCCGACGAGAAGCUUAUGCGUGUCUUCAGCGAGCCGCGUGCCGUGGCGCAGAUGUUGCAAACUCUGGGUGGUAUCCAAUCUGCCACGGAAUCGAUGCCAGACGGCGCAAACAUGCCCGUGCUCGGUCUUUCCAACAAGGCCAUCGAUGCCGUCGACGACGACGUGGAGAUCGAGGCGGACGAUCACCAAGACCGCGAGGCUAUUGCCCCGGCUACCGUUGUGCGCAAGUCCAUGCUUGACAUCGACCACCCGCCCUUCGAGGAGUCGCUGUCUCGUCAUACUCUCUGGCCAGAGACGGAGAAGCUGUACGGCCAUGGCUACGAGAUUUCGUGUCUGGCCGCUAGCCACGACGGAAAGCUGAUUGCCAGUGCCUGUAAAGCGAGCUCGCUCAACCACGCCGUCAUCCGCCUCUUCGAGACAGAGCGGUGGACCGAGGUUAGGCCGCCGCUGGCAGCACACACGCUCACAGCCACCCGAUUGCGCUUCUCGCCGGACGACCGAUUCCUGCUGAGUGUUGGAAGAGAUAGACAGUGGGCUGUCUUUGAGCGGGACGAGCAGGAGCGCUCGCGAUACCAGCUUCUCCAGGCUAACCCCAAGGGCCACACACGUAUGAUCCUGGAUGCUGCGUGGGCUCCCUUGACAGACGGAAAGGUGUUUGUCACGGCCGGACGUGACAAGAAGGCCAAUGUGUGGGCCGCAAAGACCCAGGAGGACGGCAAGACGGAGUUUACGCUCGCCACCAGCAUCGCCUUUGAUGGCCCCGUCACGGCCGUCGACUUCCUCGGUAGACAGAGCGCGGGAGGUGAGCUCAUUCUGGCGGUGGGAACCGAGUCCGGCAAGAUUUCUCUUUGCACGCUGGCUCCGGAGACCUUCCAGUCUGUCGCAACGUCUCAGUUGGCACCUCACUUGUGUCUCCCCAAACCAAUCACCCAGCUGGCAUGGCGUCCGUCAAAAGACUCGGACACCGCCAGCGACGAACUGGCUAUCGCCGGCGAGGACAGCUCCCUGAGGAUAUACAGCUUCACCGGGUUGUGA